UAUCAGUUUUAUCUAAUUUAUAAGUGGAUAUAAAAAUGGAUAUGCAAAAACUUUGUCGACUGUGUUCGUCAGAAAACCGUGAAUUAAAAUCGCUGUUUCAUGAUAGCGCAGGACAAAACCUGCUGAAAGUAAUUAAUGAAUCUCUUCGUUAUACUGUUCGCGAAAACGAUGGCCUUCCAUCCUGUAUCUGUGAGCCAUGCACCACCAACUUGACCAAACUUCAUGGUACUAUUCAUGCUUUCAGAGCAAAUGAAAAAAAUCUGCGAAGAAAGGUCUUUGGGGAAAUGACAUUCGAUUACGGUGACGGCGAUAUGGGUUCCACAAUGGAAGUGGAACGAAUCGAAGUAAAUGCAGAUUUAAUGUUCAAGGGUGAGCCCGAAGAGACGGAUGACAUGUUCCCGGUCAAUGAUGUCUUAGCGCAACCACCUAAUGAGCUGCAGGUGCCCGUAGAUGUCCUAAUUAAGCAUGAAUCCAGCGAUCAGGGAGAUUGUGAAAUCGACGCUUUGAAACCUGACGAUUCCGACGAUGACAGCAGAGAUAUAUCAACCACCGAAACAGAAAGCAGCAAAAAUACCAAGACUGUGGCUAAAACGAAACAGUCUCGUACUAAGAAAAAUUCGCCACGUAUUUCGCGUCGUCAGCGACGUCGUGACCCUGACAGACCGAAGGUGAACGAUCACAAAUGCUACAUUUGCAGAAGUGAAUCAAUGGAAUCAGCAAAAGCAUUGCUGGAACAUUUGUCGGUUCACGUAGGUCUGACGCCGUUUACUUGUUCAGAGUGCGUGAUGGAGACAAUCGUUUUGAAGAAUGUGCGAUCACUCAAUUUGCACAAGAAGAUGCACGCACAACCCGUUAAAUGCGAAUAUUGUGAUCGGCGUUACAGUGACCCAAGAACCAGGGACGCUCACGUAAAGUUGCAACACCUUGGAGAAAAUGCCCCGCUUCCUUCUACAUGCGAAAAAUGUGGAAAAAUUUGCAAGUCAAUUGCAGCACUCAAAAAUCAUCUCAGAAAUCAUACGUUAGAUAUUAGGUGUGGAUACUGCGGAAAACUGUUCCAUAAACGCAGUGUACUAUACAAACAUGUAACUCAAGUGCAUGAAAAAUCGGAAAAGUACGAGUGCAAUCUAUGCCAGAAGGUGUUACACUCUUUAGAUAGCUAUAAUAUUCAUCUUACGUUACACAGCGCAGGUAAGUUAUUUAAUUGCGAUCUAUGCCCAAUGACAUUCAGCACAUUGGGCAAUCUGCGUUGCCACAAAAAAGUCCAUGCAAAAAAUGCCAACUAUAAACCGCACAAAGACUGGACGAGUCAUUACACCGUAACACAAGAUCCAGAAAGGGGAAAAAUUUACACAUGCAAUCUUUGUGGCAAUACAUAUUCUGGUUCGAUCAACACAAUAAUCAGUCAUGUCAAAUGCCAUAUUAAGGACGUUCAGUGUGAGCAGUGUGGUGCGAAGUUUUCCAAUAAAAACAAACUGAAAAGUCACUACGUUGUUCACACUCGAGAGCGAAACUACAAGUGUCAAUAUUGCGGGAAGGACUAUCUCUACCGGCAGCACAUGAACUAUCAUAUUAAACAAGCACACAAGUUACCUAUUGGGACAUCUGCAACAACAGGCUCCAGCAGUCGAGCUGCACCACAGAAAACUACGCUCGAGUGAGCCCUGCUUAUAAAGAUUGUAGAUAUCAUGUCUGUGAAUUUUUCUUAUUAGUCAUUCCAGAAUCGUUCAAAAUAUUUCGACCAAAAACAAAAACUUCGAUUUGAGUAGGUCAUUUGUUGAAAAACGUAGUGCCCUUCUAGUUUAUUUAAAAGAGGUAAAAAAGAGCUAAAAAAAACUCCUUUAUGACAAGGUCUAGUUUUGUUGAAAGGUAUAAGUUAUCGUUUAUCGUGUCAUUACACUUGCUGUGCAACGAGUAAUUUAAUGUUGUAUUAAAACCAGA